UUUAAAAAAACGCCGAAUAUUUCGAUGUUUGAUUAUCAUUUGUAAGUCUUCCGCUAUGGUUAAUACGAUAGUGUUUAAAAAGUUUUUGUGCUAGAACACUUCUGUUCGUGUUGAGUGAAAAUUUUAACUGGUUGUUUAUAUGUUUUCGAAGUGACGACAAGUUGGGUUGGCACUACGAAAUUUCAUUACUGGACAGUAGCGGUAUGGCAUGAGCGGCCGUGCGGGCGCGACAUGCGGCGAGCGCCUAGCGCGCAACCCGCCAUCGUCGCUCUCAUUCUCUCAUUCCUCCUACGUUUUGUUAACGCUGGUUCAAUGGGCCCCGGCGUGCCAGAGAACAUAACUGUGACAUUUCUGAAUCCAACUACAGUACGGGUUUCAUGGUCGACUACUGCUGAACUGGUGGAAAAGUAUGACGUCACUUAUAAGCCAUCUGACGCUAGUUACAGAGUGGUGCUAGAGGUCGCUGGCAACUCGGAUGCGGUGGUCCUAAGUGGUUUGCAGGCUGACACUCAAUAUCAAGUGACAAUCGCAGCCCUGUGGGGUGGACAUAAGUAUCGCAGUAGGCCUAUUGUCUUCCGCACGCUGGAGCCGCCACGGACUUCUCCUCAGCAGGAUGGGGGGUUGGAACUACCCCGCUCCUCAGCCUCACCACCAGAUCCGUCGCCUACGUUUCCAACGAUACGAGGCGUCGAGAUAGGAAUAGUCGUUCUAGUGCUGAUGGUAUGGAUUGGAGCUAUCGUUCUUUUCUUCAACCGCUGGGGGAAGAUACGAAUGUUGCUACCCUAUCAACCAGAUUAUAAACAAGAACAAUUAAAGGUUCCGGGAAGCAGUGCGCUGGCAGCUGUAACAGCUGGGGGCACGUGUGGAGCCCACUCGGCGACGUCCGCAUGCUCGCAUCUGCGUUGGUCCCAUACACACACACAGAGCCUUGAAUGUGAGGAGCGGCUCCUUUCACGUUGCAGUCGUCCUCGGGUGAACUCGGCUAUAUUCGUCUCUGCUGAACCCACCGGCUUCGGAGCCUUUGAUCCCGGGGAGUUUCUAAGAAGACACGGCUCCCAGUCGCAGCUCUGUAGAAAAGCGAGAUCAGCAGAUAAUAUACCACUGACAAGUAUGGCAGAUUCGUCGGAGCGACUCUGCAAAGCUAAGGCCCCUAGAGAGGAAACAAUAAAUGAAGAAGUAAGCAAGUCAGAUGACAGCGGCAGCGUUGAGACCGUGAGACAUUUUGGCUUGCCAAUACUUUCGGUGUCUGGCCCUUCGCCCCCCGACGAGGACUAUGACCAAAUAGAUGAGUACCUCUAGCAUUUCCAUACCAGUUUCCAACUUAAAUACAAGUUGGAAACGAUGAAGCAGACUUUCCCAAGUCCCGCACAAAGUCCUGUGCCUUCUGACGACGGCAUAUAUCUAACAGAGUUUUAAAAGACUUCGAUAAUUUAUUAUUGAGUGCUUUAUAGUGGUUUCUGGAGCAGAAGUAUUUUUCAGGGACCAUGUGAAGUGAAAUACAUUAUACCUAGUUUUACAUAUUAUUAAGUAAUAUUUAUUAUCUUUGUAGAUGCGAUUAAUCAGAUUUCAUUAUCACACUGUAGCGACUAAGAUUUGCACAAUAACUAAUGAAAGAAUUUAAUAUACUUUAAUCGUGCCACUUACAAAUUAUCAAUAUACU